AUGCUGGACUUCAUUAUCUCCUGCGGCAUCAAUGGGGCGGAGAGCGGCUGCAGCGAUUUUCCAACGAUGGGGUUUUUGCUGCGCCUCAUGAAGGAGGAGGACCGGGAAAACACCGCCGUGGAUAGUCGUGGCGCCAUCCAUGAGCAAAGGGCGGCUCUGUCAGAAAGCAACGAGCCCGAGCCGCCGAUCCCCACACUCUUGAAGGAAAAGGCGGUUGUGCCAGCGGAGCCGCUUUUCACCGCAGCGACUGAGCUGCAGCUGCCGCAGUCACCGGCUGCCACCAUGCUGGGUUUUAUAACGUCCAGCUGCGGUGACGGCAGCGAUGGAUUCCCCGUGCUGCAGUUUCUUAACCGCCUUCUUGGCGACGAGGUGGUACCCUUCUCGCAGGAGGGGGACACGAGAGGGAUGUCUCGUGGGGUGCCAGCGGCGAAAAGCGUGAAGUUCGCGACGCCCCACCGUUUGCCGCCUGAGCGACCCCGGCCUUUGGUUGGUGGUGCAGCCGCCACGGUGAUUUGUUGGCCCACGACGCAAGUUUCCAUAAAAUCACGCUCGAAGUUUACACCUCAAGCAACUGAAAGUGAACAGCCGCAGGGCAGUGAUGGGGUCCCCGCCGUUUGGGCGUCCUCCUUGGAGAGUAUGAUGGGGCCGCGACAUCUUUUCGUAAAGAGCGAUUUGAAGGAUGAUAUUGGCCCACCAAUUUUGGAGCGCACCGCCACUUUUUCCCCGAACGGGAAUAUUUCCAGUAGAGAAGCACAGGACUUCAAUAGCAGGACGAUAUCGUCCUCCGUCAUUCCAUGCGCAUCAUCGGAAUUGGCUCAACCGGACCCAUGUGACACCGCCGCAACGAUAAAAAAGGGUUUUACUCCUCCACCGCGUCCUACUCGAUCGGCGUCAUCCAACGAUGUUGUGGGAUCGGGUGACAGAGCAUCGUAUGCCCGGCGUUAUUUGCAACGGCUGUACUUCCGUGAUCCUGUCGUCGUUCGACCCGCCAACGGUCCGCCGCAACAUGCCCUCGGUAUGCGAAGGAAAGAAAAGGAGUCCGUCUUUGGGCGGUGUUUUUAUGAUUUUACAAAACACAUAUUUACCCCGCCGCACACGUCCGGCUUGGCGGCUGUAAGUCACUUGAAAAAUGAACGACGACUGAACGCGUUGUCUAACUUGGGCAUGACUGGUGCGCGACAAGGCAGCUCCCGCACGAGUAGUUGUAGUGCGCUGUCGCAACCCGUUGGUCACCAAGCAUCACCCAGAGCCACCUCUUCCUUUCGUCCAAGGAGUCACACAAGACGUGCAUGGGACCCACGUCGGCCCGUCAAACAUCAAGCACAAGGCCCAGAAGAACACAAGGCGCAUCAAGAUGAGGUGGGAGGGGGUUUGGUUGUCGAGGGCCGAGCGCUGGUGAUCUCCUCGCGACAACAUCCUCCUGCUCUCGUAAGGCAACUUCGUCGCCGAAAGGAACCUCCUUGCGGUCAGGUGAAUAAGAAGCAAUUGCAAUAG